CUCUCUCUCUCUCUCUCUCUCUCUCUCUCUCUCUCUCUCUCUCCUCUUCUCGUGCCCCUGCGCACUCUCCACUCGCGGCGCGGUGAGAAAGCGGACACACAGAGCGCGUGCGAGGAGGAGCUGGUGAAUCUUCUUUCUCUUUUUCUUGUUGUUGUUUUUUAUCUAUCAGUCCUCCGUCAGGCGGACCCGGAUCGAUAUGAGCGUCUGCGGUGCCGGGCGAUGACGGGCGUGCGCGCGAGACGCAUCGACGUUUUCCCGGCGAUGAAAAAGCUGCAGAGCGCGCAGGAUGGUCUCGAGACCUAGGCGACCUACGCGUCCUCCGGCAGCGCGCGCUCCUGUUUUGCGUGAAGGCUGUGCGCGGAGCACGAUACGCAGCAAUUCUCGCGCGUGCGGUCACGUCUAGGCAAGGUGAAGAAACGUGACUGAAACAUCUGUCCGAUUAUCCACCGGGGAUCCACCGGCACCAAACCGUUCAGAAUGCGGACCGCGCCGCGCGCGCGGGGGAGCCAUGGCUGAACCGCUGCGGUCGUCGUCUACUGCUGUGUCCCACGCGGAGGCGGAGAAGCUCCCCGCUUGAGUCGCUCCAGGAGGGAAGAGGAGGGUGUCCGUGAAAUGCGCGCCUCACCAGAUCUCUGCUGGACACUACGCACAGAAACCUGACGCAGCUCGCGCUCAUCAUGCUCCGCCAAGUGCUCCUGAACUCCACGGCGGCGGCGCGCGGCUUGGACGCGAUGAGCCACACGCACGCGCCGCCGCCGCUCAACGUCUCCCUGCACGCGCCCGUGAGCGUGUCCGCGCUGCUGAAGCCCUCGGGGCGCGGCGGCGGCGCAGGAGGAGGGGGCGCGGGGGGGCUGCGCGAGGGCGAGUAUAGCAAGCCAGACCUGGCCACGUACGUGGUGAUGUGCCUCGUGCUCUUCCUGCUCGUGCUGCUCAUCGUGCUCUUCAUCAACUGUCAGCUCCGCAACUCCUUCUUCGCUUCCAUGCCUUACGACCGUUCCCUGCGCGAGGCCCGCAGCUCCUAUAAGUGAGGCGCGAGGAGGCGCGGGACCGACAGAUGGAUACUGAUGGUGCCGUGACCCACACGGAGGCUUUGCGGUGUUUAAUAAUGAGGAGACUAGCUUGCCUGAGGGGAAGUCAAGGGCUCAGACUGACGCUCUUCUUUAACUUUCUUUAUCUCCCUAAAGGUGAAGGAACACUUGGUAUGAGUGCACUGUAAAGUCACGCUACAUGUCCGUCAGCUUUUAUCCCAUGUCGUGUGAACAGUGUAACACUGAUUCUUUUCUUGUAAUGGUGUAAAUCCAUCAUUAAACCUUACCUGUACUAUA